AUGUCGACGGUCGCAACGGUGGGUGCUGCGAGUGGGGUCAAGCUGGCCAGCAGCCAAGAGGUGCGAGUAAAGCCUGCAACGACCGAAGAGGUGGAGGCCUUCGUGCUCCAGAACAAGCGCUGGCUGCCGGAUGACGCAGAGAAGGUGCUGCGGAGCAUGAACGCUGCGGAUCAGAGGAGAGUCAUAUGCGCCGGAAGCAUGUCAAGUGUGCAGAACCCGAUAGCAGUUCUCCAGGCACGGGUACGUAAGGCGAAGGAUUUGGAGGAGGCUGCAGCCCGAAGUGGUGGUGCCAUCCCAGCAGCCCUCCUCGGACUCGAGAGCAAGCUCGCAAAGCCUGCGUCUUCAGAGGAGUUGGAAGCGUUCGUGAAGUCCAAUGACCGGUGGCUCGAAGGAGAGGCAGUGGAACUCCUCCGAGCCAUGAGCCCGGUCGACCAGCGCAGGGUCAUCUCAGCAGGGACGAUGUCAGGCUGUCGAGACCCUGUGGCUGUCAUCCAGACCCGGGUCAAGAAGGCGCGGGAGAUGGAAUUGGAGCUGGAGAACCUGGCGGCUGGCAAGAAGCCCCUGCUGCACGACGAGAAGCCCGGUCCUGCGACGCAAAGCUUUCGUGAGGAAGAAGCAGCUGCGCACCUCUACGCCCCGCCGGAGGAAGUUGGCGCCACGGAGUCGAAGUUUGCAUCAUCUGUGGAUUCAGCUCGAGGAGGAAGUGCUGGGCAAACGCUGAUGGGGGAUGCGCCAGGCGUUGGAGGUGUCGUCGAGAUGUUGAAGGCCAAGUACGGUUGUCUCAAGGGACAGCGAGCACGGGUCAUUGGGGAGACUCAAUCGCUGCUCCAGUUCGAGGGGGGCAAGACAGCACCGAAGGCCCACGAAGGCAGCGGCUGGAAGUGGGUGAUUCGGGAAGAGGAGGAGUCCAAGCAAUCUGCUGCAGAGGCACAGUUGGCUGCACUGCAGAAGGCUGCCGCACUUCAGGCCGAGCAGGUCGCAGCUCACAAGGCCGCAGAGCUGGCGCGCGCACAGGCAGAAGCCAAGGCUUAUGCCGCAGCGCAAGAAGCCAUAGGAGCCAAGGUGGGGCAUGCUGGAGCUGAUUCCGAAGACGGCGGGAGCUCGAGCUCCAGCUGUCCCAGCGAAUCAAGUCUGGCAGCAAAGAAGAAAAAGAAGAAGCCACAGAAGGACUCCGAUUCCGGCUCUGGCAGCACUAUGUCGAGGAAGAGGAAGUCCACGAAAAAGGCAAAGCCCAAGGACACGAAGGAAAAGGCGGCUCGAGCGCCAAAGUCGAAGGCCAAAGAAGCAAGCCGCAGCGGCAAAGACCUGAACAGCAAGGCACGGAAAAAGCCUAAGCGCCGGGCAUCGUCAAGCUCAGGGACCUGUUUGCAACCCAAGAAGUCCAAGAGGUGA